UUUAUUUAUAAAAAAAUAUUAAAAGUGUAAAAGAUGCUCCAUCGAAGAGUUAAGUCCAUUGUAAGCCUCUUAAAGAACGCUAAUAAAAUGACGAACAAAAAUAUGUAAGCGAAAUAGAAACUACAACAAGUAACAUCACAAAAGUGGACAAUAGAGUAUUUUAUACGUAAAGCUUAUUAUCAGAACCGUCAAUAUCGACGAUUUUUGCAUUGAUUUUCUGCAGCAAAGAUUUCAUCAGUUGGCAGUAGCGACGUGAGCGAGUUUAGCUUGCGAGCAACAGUUAUUGAGCGAUCAAUUGGCAACAAGCAGCGACCAGUUUGAGAAGGUUUUUGGAAAUCGCGAGUGAAUUGAAUAAUUUAUAAACGUUAGCAUUAUUCGCACACAUAAAUACAUAUUUAAAUAGUAAACAAUAUAAAGUUAAAUGGAUUUUUAAACUGUUUGUCAAGAGGAAAAUUCGUUGCGGGAGUGUGUGUAGUGAAUUAAUUAUUUUGAGAAGUUGUUUUUUUAAAUUUAAAAAAUUUAAAAAUAUGAAAUUUGUAUGCAAUUUGUUAUUGUUGUUUUUGCUGUUACAAGUAUUCUAUACUUCGAGUGUUGAUGCGGCGAAUGCGAUUAAUUGUCGGCAGCAAGAAACGGUUAAGCGUGUAACACGACAAACAGCGCAACUGACGCCACAACAACAAUACCAGCAACGGCAAAGGAAUUUGCAUGAACAGCGUUCGUCCCAAACAUCCUCUGUCGUCAAGCCGGUGGUAAGAUUUUUUGUCGCAACGCCAGGGCAACAAAUGCAACAACUACAAGUCAAUAGCGGCACUGAGCAACGCAUUGCUUUCACUUCGCAGCAGCGGCAGCAUCCCGCGGCAAUUAAAGCGGUUGUAGUGAAGCAACAACAACAGCAACACUAUCGGCAAUCAUAUGGGCCGCAACAACAACAACAACAACAACCACAACAAUCAUCUUUACUCUCAUCGUCAUCGCUGACACAAUCAGCAAAUAGUCAGCAAUAUUUGCAAAGUAACAGCUAUAUGCAGCGACAACAACAACAAAAACCACAACAAGCGUACAAUAACAUUAAUUUUCUGCGGAUAAGUCAACAACCACAGCAGCAGCAACAGCAAUUUCAAACACAGCCACCGCAGCAGUUCCACCAAUCCCAACAACAACCGUUACAAUUUUAUAAGCCACAAAUAACAACAAUAACAAAUCGUAUUUUUCAAGACAACAUCUCUAACCAACAAGCGACAUCAUACCCACCUCAACCUCCGACACAGCCGCAAUUGGAGAGUACACUUAUACCCAACCAAGGCAAUGGCGCAGUUGCUCCAGUUCUCAGCCCAUUGCUUCCCUCAUAUUUGAAUGAAGAUGACAAGCUAAAUUUCACGCGAUCAUGUGACAUGUGUUGCAUCCCUGGCGAAUCGCCGUGCCAACAUUGUUGCGAUACUAACCCACUUUUAAGUGCCACUGUUUUGAAAUCAUCGGCGGGCUAAAGAAAAGUGAGCUGACGUAAAAAAGUUCUUAAGCUAUAAUAUUUAUAAAGUUAGUCAUAAGAAUAACAUCUUUAUUUAAAUUAAUAUAUAUAUAUAUAUAUAUAUAUAUGUAUAUAGUAAUAAAUUUAGAAACGAUUU